GUAGGCGGGCCGCCGCCCCCCCGCCUCGAGCCGCUGCCGCCGCGCUCCCCCUGCUGCGCCGCCGCCGUCGCUUCCCUCUGCGCGGCGCAGCGGGGCCGUCCCCGUGCGGGCCGUGCGCUCGGCGGGAGCCUCCUCUGACCCCCCUCCCGCCGCAGUGGGAGCUCCUGGCCAUCCCGGAAGAGAGGACCGCCGGGGGCCGCCACUUCCGCUUCCCGGGACCGGACCGGAGCCGCCACCAUGACCGCCACGCUGCGCCCGUACCUGAACGCGGUGCGUGCCACGCUGCAGGCCGCGCUGUGCCUGGAGAACUUCUCCUCGCAGGUCGUGGAGCGCCACAACAAGCCCGAGGUGGAAGUCAGAAGCAGCAAAGAGCUGCUGUUGCAGCCAGUGAUCAUCAGCAGGAACGAGAAGGAGAAGGUUCUUAUCGAGGGAUCCAUUAACUCUGUGCGAGUCAGCAUUGCGGUGAAGCAGGCUGAUGAGAUUGAGAAGAUCUUGUGCCAUAAAUUCAUGCGUUUUAUGAUGAUGAGGGCUGAGAACUUCUUCAUCCUGCGCAGGAAGCCCGUGGAGGGCUACGACAUCAGCUUCUUGAUCACCAACUUCCACACAGAGCAGAUGUACAAGCACAAGCUCGUGGAUUUCGUGAUCCAUUUUAUGGAGGAGAUCGACAAGGAGAUCAGCGAGAUGAAGCUGUCUGUCAACGCCAGGGCUCGCAUUGUGGCCGAGGAGUUCCUCAAGAAUUUUUGAGCCGUGGUGCCGGGCGCCCCGCUUCUCCCGCGUUCCCACGCGCUGCCCCGCAGGGCUGGCCGCAGCCCGCCCUCGCUGCCUGCGGAGGAGAGGAGAAGCUGCCGGAUGCCACGGAGCCGCGCGCGGGAUGCACGGCGCCGUCCCGGGGACGGGCGAGAGGACGCGGUGUCCUGAAGCAAACCGUGCUUGCCUGAGACUGUGUCAGCUCCCUGGUCUCUGUCCUUGUUUUUUUUUUUUUUCCUUUGUUUUUCUUUUUUUUUAAAGAAUUCCUCGUUUGCUGUAA